CAUGGCACGCACGUUGCGAGCACCGCCGGCGGCCGCGCCUACGGCGUCGCCAGCGGUGCGACCAUCGUCACGGUGCAGGUCCUGUCCUGCGGCAACACUGGCUCCUACGCACAAGUCAUCGCCGGCAUCGACUGGGCGGUUGAGGACGCGGCGGUGCGCGGCUUGCCCGCGGUGAUCUCCAUGUCACUCGGCGGAGAAGGCCGCGGCCAGUUCGACUCCGCAAUCGACGCGGCCUACGACGCUGGCGUUCUUACUGUAGUCGCUGCGGGUAAUGAGAACGACGACGCGUGCAAGUACUCGCCGUCGUCCACUCCGGCCGCCAUCACGGUAGGAAGCAUCAAACAGGGUGACGUCAAGUCGUCAUUUUCCAAUCACGGCGCUUGCGUCGACAUCCAUGCUCCUGGCAGCCUCAUCCGAGCGGCAUGGGCCGAGUCGGACAAGGACGUCAACACGAUAUCUGGCCUCACUCGCCGAGCCAGCUUCUGCCUGCUCUUCCUAUGA